CACCAAUUUCCAAUUCGAACCUGUGAUCACCAACACGAAUCUCACACAAUGGCGACCGCUGCUCCCGCACCUCCACCCACUCUCACGUUCCCCCGUCCAAUCUUCGCCGCCGUCUCGCCCCACCCUUUCCUUCAAGCGCAUCUCUCUGCAAACCAGGCCGCUCUGCGCGCCAACGGCCGCGCCGCACACGAAUUCCGCGCUCCAGGCGUCAACACAGGGAGUCUCACACACAGCAAUGGCUCAGCUGUAGUCCGACUAGGCAACACCAGCGUGGUGUGUGGCGUGCGCGCCGAGAUCCUUCGAGAAGAAGACACCCCCGGCACAUCCUCGCCCGCAGCAGUAAACGACGCGGACGGCAACGACAACGAAGACACCGAGGGUGACGAGAUCGAGAGUCUGCGCCUCCUCGUACCAAAUGUCGAACUCAGCACCGGCUCCACCCCCGCCCACAUCCCCGGCAACGCGCCCUCCACUUUCGCCCAGUCCCUUAUCACCCGCAUACGCAGCUUGCUGCACUCGACGCGCUUGCUGCGUCCACGCGACCUGCGCAUCACCUACACACCGACCACCAACCCCGAGGACCCGGAGGCUGCGCCCGAGACGCAGCUGAAGGGCUACUGGGUCCUGUACCUCGACGUGUUCUUCAUCAGUAUCGACGGCGCCGCGUUUGAUGCUGCCUGGCUAUCCAUUCUCGCGGCGCUGAAGAACACAAAAUUGCCGCGCGCGUUCUUUGACGAGGAGUUUGAGGGGAUAUUGUGCUCAGACGACCCGGCUGAGGCGGCGGCGCUGAACUUGCGCGGGCUGCCGGUGCCGAGCUCGUUUGCGGUGUUUGAGGGCAAGGGUGACGGCGACGGCGAGCAGGGCGACAGCUGGGUGCUGAGUGAUCCUGAUGCGUUUGAGGAGGGCGUGUGCCGCGAGACGGUGACGGUUACGGUUGACCGGGGGACGAUUCGACGCGUGGAAAAGAGUGGUGGUGGAGUUGUUGGGAGGGAAACGAUGAAGGCGCUGGUCAAGAGGGCGACAGAGAGGUGGAGUGUCGUUGAGGGAGCUGUCGGUGGGAGGGCUUGAGCACUUGGCGCCGCAAAAGAGCAAUCACGAUAGUGCAUCGAGAACUGGAGAAGUGUCCAGAGAGCGGAAGAAGUGUUCAAUCACCAGCAUUAUAUAGAAGGUACGAUACGUAUACCAGAAGAAAGCUGCUAACAGGCAAGCAUCGAUGAAUAUCAAGACAU